AACCAAAUAAGUUCGACUUUCAGGAAGGCGGUGAAGGUAGAAGGGGCUCUUGUCUCUCUUGUGCGCGAGCUUGUCACCGUAAGUCAUCUUUCGUCACUUGGAGAUUCUACUAAUUCAAGGCAUCGACGAGUUCAAUUGUUCUCAGACGACCGUCAGGACCGCAAGACCACGACGAUCUCAUCAAACAAACAAUCAAGUUAAAUCAACAUAGAUCUCAUAACGACACUGACCACGAUUCACGACGACUCAUAACGCCUUCUCAUUUUCUACUUUGCUUGCUUCAUCAUUUCGAAUUUCGACGACUUGUUUUAAUACGAUUACGACUGCAUAUAACGUUUUUCAGGACCGUUUUUCUAUAUCAUCAAUUUUACUUGCACACAAGACGACGACAUGCCUUUGCAACUUCUCUCACGACCAACUGACACCAUUCGCACCCGCUCACCAUCACCCUUCGAAACACCUGCAACCAAGCCUGCUAUCCCCACCAUCCGCCUUAUCGCUGCAACGCCCUCAUCAGCCGAUUCCUCCAUUGCUCCAUGGUCUGAACCCCAGCCCCCACUUGCUCUCGCGCCCAAAGCCUCGUCCUCAGAUGCAACGCCUCGUAAGCGUCUCGUACCCAAGAAAUCAAAGCUUGGUCUUCUUUCGUCGCGAGAGACUGAUUUAUCGGACGUGGUGCGCCGAGUUGGUGCCCGCGACUCGAAUAAGAAUGGUAGCGCAGGCAUCGAAAUAUAUGUUGACCCGAUGCUUGAUCCCGAGAUUGGGGAGAUCGUCGUAGUCAAGAAGAAGAAGAGCCGCAUGGCUUUGGAUGGCAUGCGCUGGGGUCCCGCUCUUGGCGAGGUGACCAACAUUCCACAUGUGAAGGAAAAAGAAAAGAAGGAGAAGAAGAAAGACAAGGAGAAUACAUCGAAGGUAAAGGUGGAUGAAAAGUCCGGAUGGUGGACCAUCGGCAAGGGGAAGAAGGAUUCGAAGGAGAAAGACAGACCGAGAUCGCCCGCACCGCCCUCAACAAGUGAACCAACCGAGUCCCGAGCACGGUUCAAUUCUCUCGACUCGGGGAUUUUGCUUCACAGCCCAGUGUUCUCUGAGCACUCCAAGUCACCUGCAGAGAACCAGCACUUGCGUGUACCGACGCCGCCAUCUGCGACGUUCGCAUCUGGUGCUACACUUGCUCCACCAAGUACUGCCCCCCUCGGCUCAGGCAAAGAUAGCGUCGCUCUCCGAGCCAUGCGCUCUGUGCGCUCUCUCGCACGUAUUGGCUCUUGGGCACAACUCAAGAACAUCCCCGCGCCCGAUGAUACUCCUAAACCUACUCCUCCCGUCAUUAGCGAGCCUAAGAAAAAGAAGAAAAAAAAGGAUAAGAGCCAAAACAAGGAGAAAGAAAAGGCGAAAGAGAAGGACAAGGCUGCAACCGUUCGCUACUCCGGUAGCAGCUUCGAAGCAGGCGCGCUCAGCGCUAGCCCUGAAAAGAACGCCAAUAGAGCAACUCUUGGCAAGAAGAAGUCCAUCCUUGGGCUCGGCCUCCCCUCCACAAUGCGUCUCCCCUCUAUGCGCAGUGGGUCUACGGCAUCGUCGAUUGUAGCUGCUCAAGCACAGAGCUCGAAUAAACCGUGGGUGGAUUCAGCUGCCACGUUAGGGUGUGGUGUUCUGGCCAGGGCAAGGACGGGAUCCACCAUGACAGCGAGCAGCGCUGGCAGCGUGAGGCCUGUUUCUGUAUCUUCGGGAGGGUCUUCUGGGGGUUGCUCGGUGAGGUGGGAUGAGGUUGGGUUAGAAACCGUGAAGGAGGUUAGGAGGAAGGAACGCGCAUUGAAGGAGAAGGAUAGUAUCAAGGAAAAGAAGACCAAAGGAACCCGCAAGAGCUCGGAUAGCAGGAAGAGGACGCCACUCUCGGCAGUUUUCCCCGGGGAAUUGUCUGACCACGAAGGUGAGGGAAUGAAAGAGGAAGAGGAACCUACUGUGCCGCUCGUAACCAUCGAAGAAGCAACUGUCGAUGGACACAGCGACCUCGAGACACCAGUCAAGCGAGCACGUCUAAGGCCGCUAAGCGAGCAGCCUUUGGGGCGUAGCAGGCCCAAGGCUAUGUACGAGGACGAAAACGAUUGCGCAGUAAUGUCCCUCCUGGACGCAGCAACAAAUGAUCUCGCGCAGCUCAUCAACCGCCUUGAUCUGCAAGCGACGCCGGAUAUAUCACCUCUGAGUGGUCGUUCGCCAUCUUUGUUGGCAUCUUCCCAAGCUGGCAGCCCCACAAAACGCAUGACUCUAGAAAGCCCUGUCAAACGCCUCCGCGCAAGCGCCGCGAGCGUCACGUCACUCCGCCCAUAUGCCAAGACAAUAUCCACCGCUGUAGUUCCGUCCAUCGGGCAGCAUAUCGCACCGUGGGCAACGCUCAAUGCUGGGAUAUCACCUGCGAAAUCCCCGCAGAGGGACUCACAUGCGCCAGCAUCGACCUUCAGGUUCACGCACAAGCGUACAAUGAGCCCUGCGCCUGCGGCAGAACCAGAGCCCGUCUUCAAAGCACUCCGCCCCGCGAAAAGCAGGGUGCCUGUCUCAGGACGCACUGUCUUUGCAGCACCUAUGAGCUUACCAUUCACGGGCAACGCGGAUCGUUCACCAUCAUCACGUACGUUUGGCUCUGCACAUUCAAAGGCCAGCUCUCGUGCGUCGCUGGGUACAAGCCCUGUGUUCAAGAAGGCAAGGGGACACGAGAGGAAACCAUCGUCCCUUGUGCCUAUAGAGCAUGCGCAUUUGCAAUUGCGCUGCGACACCACCGAUGAUAUUCAGAAUCCGCUUGAUAGCCCGGGCUUACUGAUUCUCCCUGAUGCACGCCGAAACCUUGGUCUCGCAGGGACGUUGGGCGGUUCCGUGGGAGCACAAGAGCUGGACGCGAGCGAUCCUGACUCUGACAUUCCUGACGAAUUGCAGAUCAUUUUGUCCAACUCGGAUCACGAAGCAGAUGACACGUUGUCGUUCAAUCCUAAUCUGACGGUCGCGCAUCCACCACUGCCCUCGCCCGGGCUACCGCCCGAGAUGCCACUCCCUUUGCCCAAAGGCUCCGUUACUGAAGUUCCUGUGUUCCGCGCCAAAGUCAUCGACGAGGACGACCACCAUGCUGAUGUUGAAGAAGCUGGAAUGUCAUCUGAGGACGAUACCAAGAAAUCCUUUGACUUCACGGGCGAGCUGCAGAAACUGAACGAGUGCGGUGGAUCUAACAGGCUUAGUUUCGUCGAGCAGUUGGAGAACGCGUUUCGCACACCUGCCAAGAUUGAUUUGCGGUAUGAUUUUGACCUUCCACUUGAUGCGCCUCCUGUGCCCAAGAUCCCGUCAUUGCAGGCGGAACUGGAACGCGCGGGGGAUAGCACAUUCAGUAUGGACUAUGUGUCGCAGGAGUUCUUACCUCAGGGCUUCCCGAUGGAUGUGGACACUGAACCGUCGCUGCUUCCUGGAACGGAUAGUUUUGCCACGACAAAUGACUGGGAGAGGGAGGAGGAGGAGGAUUUCCUUUGCGCAGAGCGGCCUCAACUCUUGAGGAACGCUAGGUCCACGAAGUCCAUGAAAUCACGACCAUCAGAUGGACAGCUCAAUAGGAACUUCAAGUUUGGCGGCAAGCCAUCGCCUGCACCCUCGGGUGAAAAGAAUGAGGAGCCACUCACACUAUCGGAUAUCAUCCCUCCUUUGGCUGUUGCCAAGUCCCUCUCCGCAACUUCGUUAGCUGCUGAUGACUCGGCUGUUCUCCAGUCCAUAUUUGCAAAGGCUGUUGAAAUUCCCUCACCUCCAUCUCGCGUUCGCCUCGAUUCAGACACUAGCUCGAAGCGCAUCGGAUGUUCAGCUGCUCGCACUUCAAAUGUUCCAGGUCACUACAGACACUCUUCAGAACUGAGCUUUGCAGGCUUUGAUUCAUUCGCAGAAGUGAGAAGGGGAUUCGAGUUCCAUGACAAUCGUCCGAAUUUCUACCCUCCGCCGGGAGCCACUUCGCGUAGCGAGCACAACAAACGCGAGUCUAUGUUCAGCAUUGCGUCCGUCUCGUCAUAUGGACAGGUUAUCAAUCACGGGUCUACAGAUCCUUUCGACUAUGGGGCAUUGCCACUCCCAAGCCUUCGGGAGCGUCCUUCCUCGGACGAGUUCUCUUUCACUAUGUCUUCUCUUGAUGAUACAUUCUCCUUCAUCCACAAACAACCUCGCAGGAGACGCGUUGACAGCGAUGCCUCCAGCUUCUACUUCCGUACCUCAAUGCACUCGCAGCUGCACCCAUAUAAUCGUAUUGCUGCUCAUCGUCGCCACUCGUCUGCAGUUUCCGUCUCUUCCUUAGGUCCACCGAUCAGCUUAUACAACCGCAACAGCUAUGGACACAACCGCAGCAGUUAUGGAUACCGCCGCCGCAAUGACUCGAGCGCUAGCACGAGCAGCGUUUCGCAACCAUACGUUCAUGGCGGGCGUGCCUCGUGGGCUAGGCAUCGCCCCGACUUUUCUGUGGAUUCCAUGCUCAGCGACUUCUCGGAGAUUCACCUGGGGAGGCCAGGACUGGGAGACAAGAUGCUUGACUCUGCUUUGGAUCGUGGAAUGCCACUGACCGCUAUUUCUGCAUCGCCGCCUGAAAGCCCUGCCGGGAGCAUCGGAAGCGAGCAGUUCCGGAGUGGUCAAUACGUAAAUCGCAUGUCCUAUGAUUCGAUCAUGGACAUGGACCAUGAACAUCAACCAGUGCCCAACAUGGAAGACUCGCUCUUUGAGAAAACUUGCCACAGGACAUCCGUUUCUUCGUCCGACUCUGCGUUCUUUGCUGUAGACUCCUCGCAUGCACCGCCUCAAUUCAAACGGUUAUCAAGCUACAGCAUUGCCAGUGUUCAUAGUCCGCAGAAGGAAGAUGACACCAUGAUCAGCAUGCUUGGUGGUGGCCAUGUUCGACGCCGCUCCGUAGGAUCCAUGAUCGAAGCCUCACCUUGUCGCCAAGUUGAAAAAAGGAAACACAUGGCAUCUGAAGCUCCCCAGCCAAAUUUCCUUCGUAAGGCUGAUGACUAUGAAUCUCCAAAGAGUCGAGUUCUUGAGACCAAGCCGUCGAUUGCUUCGACUGCAUAUUCGGUGAAGUUUGGUGACGAGCGCAUGAUUAGAGCAAAGCACGGUCUUUUGGAGAGGCAGAGUUUGGAGAACACGGUGUUGAUCGCAGAAGGAGAGGAAGAACUAUCAACAUCUUUCCGCAUCCCUGUCUUUACCCGUCCUUCUUGUGCAGGUCGUUCUCGCUCCAGCACUUGUACGUCUAUGAGUUCUGGUGCUGAGACCCCUCCACUUUCAAUGGAUGGGUACUCCACAUUCUCGGAAGGCUCGCAGUCCAGCAUUGACCUCUCACAUGUCAACUACAUGCUUUCUGACGUUACUCACCCUCUGUCGAACGCUACCUUGGACCGAGUCCGACCACGCGCUCGUGGCCACGGUCACCAACGACGUAUCUCUCAGGCUCGUGCAUCACGCACGUCUAUUUACGAGACCAUCGAGGAGGAACUCACAACAUCGCUUGCUCCCACUUCAUCCCUUCAGUCGGUUCCAAGUUCUUCGACAAAGAACAUCCAACUUUCUGAUUCAACGACAAAGACAAUUGGUCGUGCUCCCGUGUUUAUUCCUGAUCCCGCUGAGACUGCGUCUAUGGAUUCGGUGUCGUUGUGGGAUGACGAGAGAGGAAUCAUGGCGCUACGCAAGUACUAUGCGCUUCGCGAUGAAGCUGAAGAUACGGUGACAGAGAGCCAGCGACUCUGGCUUGACACACCAUUUUCCGUCUUCGCAGUUCAAUCAUUUGAUCCUCCUAGUCAUCCUUCCGGCAUGCAAGCGCUCUUGGAACAUUCAAUGCAGAACUACGGGCCUUUACCUUCAGAGUUGCGCCCUCGACGCAUGCGUUCUCGCGUCAACUCUCGACCUUCACCCUACCCCAGGACUUUCAAGACCUCUUUCACAUCUUCUCCAGCCACCGAGCAAGUGAGGGCGGCCAUUGUUGCAGCCGUCGCAGAAAACGCUCCCAAUGACAAUAUGCGCCCCCAAGGUCAUCCGAAGGCGCUGCAACAGAUUUCCGUCAACCCUAACAUUAUGUCACCCGCGAUCGAAAACACCAAGGCAGGUGAACUCAUGAAGGACGCAGCAAUGUCACCUGGUAAACUCGAGCGCGUGUUCGGCCUCCCACCUCGUCCCCGCGUGGGCUCGGUCGCGCGAAGAGCUGCCUUGGGUUGGGUGAAGAGGAGCACUGGCCGCAAUGGUUCAGAGAAUAAGGAGAAUGCUAGCAUCGGUAACAUCUCUCUGGCAGCUGUACCUGGUAAUAUGUCGCAAGGCUUGGGCAUGACGCCAUCGGAAACAUUAAGACUCAACCGACCUCGUCCUAGGGGAAGGCCCACUCCCGCUUCGGUGAGGCCCAUCCGUAUUUGAUAGGGCUGGAAAACCUGUCGUCGUUAUCCUACGUUAACUCCACUAUGCUAUGACUGACCUAUGCCAUAUCCUUUCUUGCUUUUCUCAUACAAUCAAGCUCAUGGAAAACAAUGACUUGCAACCGUUAUUCGUAUAUUUUGUCUGUCACAAUUGCCGGUUCCUGGUGAUUGUGUCCUGUGCAGUACGUAGCGAACAGUGAAUGAUGUAAAUUUCUCGAAAUUAUUAUUAUUGCUCAUA